UGAAGUGGACACACGAGGGCCCGGUGUGCGCAUGCGCCCGGUGUAAAAUGUAGUUGGAAAUGAGGUGUCCGUCUUGGAGUAGUCGACUUUUAAAAAGCAUCGGCAGCCCCUGAUAUGACGACUUCGCUGGUUCUGCAUCCACGCUGGGCGGACACCUUGAUGUACGUUUAUGAAAAAAGCCCGAAUGAAAACAGCCAGAAUAAAAGCCAAACAAUGGAGGGACUGAGCGGUAAUUGCCCUGCGACCCACUGCAGGGACCUGAUGUCGCACCCCGCGCUGGGACGACACUCUGGCACCAUAGCGACCCACCAGGGCUCCGUCUACUCGGAUAUUUCCUCUCCGGACACCGGCCGGCAGUGUCCCGCUCCGCAGUCAAGCUCCAGCGCCUCUUUGAGCUACGGUUACCCCUUUGGAAACCCGUAUUACGGCUGUAGAUUGUCUCACUCGCACAACGUGAACUUGCAGCAGAAGCCUUGCUCGUAUCACCCCGCUGAAAAAUACGCCGAGCCCAGCACAGCGCUGCCCACGGAAGAACUGUCUAGCAGGGCGAAAGAGUUUGCCUUCUACCCGAGUUUCGCCAGCUCGUAUCAGGCUGUUCCUGGAUAUCUCGACGUGUCGGUGGUGCCUAGUAUCAGUGCCCACCCCGAACCGCGGCACGACGCCCUGAUCCCCAUGGAGGGCUACCAGCACUGGGCUCUCUCCAAUGGCUGGGAUGGGCAGGUGUACUGCUCCAAAGAGCAAACGCAGUCAAGCCAUCUCUGGAAAUCACCUUUCCCAGAUGUUGUUCCACUGCAGCCCGAGGUCAGCAGUUACCGUCGUGGGCGUAAAAAGCGGGUCCCAUACACCAAGCUCCAGCUGAAGGAGCUGGAGAAGGAGUAUGCAGCCAGCAAAUUCAUCACCAAAGACAAGAGAAGGCGCAUCUCGGCCACCACCAACCUCUCAGAGCGCCAGGUCACCAUCUGGUUCCAAAACCGGCGAGUCAAGGAGAAGAAAUUUGUCAGUAAAUCCAAGAGCAAUCACAUGCACACCACUUGAUGAGGCCAGCGAUGUCCCAACCGCAACUCAUACCUUCCACAACACCAUGUCAUCUUUUUACCUCCUGCGUCGAAAAGUCGUGGCUGAAGAACAUUUUUUGGCAGAGUGGGGUUGUUUUUUGUUGGUAAUUUAUCUUCCAUCGUCUCCAUCGACCACGCCACCAAGCUCCACAGCCCCUGUUUUCAACUUAGAGAUGAUGCUCUAAAAACUGUGAAAAUAUUGAAAAUUUCACUUCACGUUUGU